AUGGAUCCGGAUCACUCGGUUCCAGGAGAAUUCGACGCUGCUGGCAUUGCCAGGGAGCCAGAAACCCCGCAGUCCGAAGAUGGCCAGACUGAAGUUCAGCCGUCUUUCUCAGAGGAGACCCAGGAGUCAAUGGAUAGUACACGUAGUGCCAAAGCAGCUCUGGAAAUGCACCUUGCUGGAGUGAUCGCAAGGAUGGAGGUAGUUAGGCCAGGCAUCGUCCAAGCCGUUUGGGCUUGGCAGGCGCUCAGUUGCUUUGGCCGAGUCCUUCGUCUGGGCAGCACCGGGGUUCGAAGAAGCCUCGCCACCAAUCGCAUAGGUGAGUUUUGGAGUCAUAGCUGGCAUGGGCAGAAGUGGCGGAAGGUAUGGACGGCCAUGUACAUGAAGAAUACUCGAGCUGCCAUGAGUGCCGCAACCUUGGGCUCCUUCGCGGUGUGCGUGCUUUUGUCGUCCGCUCUUCUGCCCCAAGUUCGAUUCCAGGAGGACCCGCCCUACCCAGCAGAGCCUGGCUGGUGCCUUCUCACGGCUUUGGUGCUCUACUGCACGGUGUUUGUGUUCUGGCGGCCUGGAAGCCGCAUUUUCCUAGAUAUUCUGUGCAUAGAUCAAGAGAAUGCUGAGCUGAAGACGGAAGCAUUAGUCAGCAUGGGGGCCUUUCUGAAGCGCUCAGACGCGUUGUUCGUCCUGUGGGACCCCUCUUACAUACACCGCCUCUGGUGCGUGUUUGAGCUGGCGGCGUUUCUGCACAGUCGGCCGGCGGGCACGAAGGCAAAGCUUAUCACAAGGCCCACUGUGCUUGGCCCGGUGUUCGUCUCCUUGCCGGCCGGCCUGUCCUUCGUUGCUACUUGCUGGUACUUAUGGGGGAGUAUCGCCCCGACAGAAAGUUUGGCCUGGCCUUGGCUGCUGAUGGCGGCGUUGGCUUUCGUGGGCUUCUACGCGUCUGUGGCUGCAAUGCGUGCAUACUACAGAUCGGUGCAGGAGUUGCAGACGAAGUUGUCUCAGUUUAACAUUGAAGAUACCAUGUGCUGGUGUUGCAGUCUAGACAACCACGGCAACAUCGUUUGCGAUCGGAAGGUCGUCUACCGCUACAUCAGAGCAUGGUUCGGCAGCUUUGAGAACUUCGUCUUUACAUACAAGCAAUGUGCGGCAGCAUCUCUGCCAAUGCUUUGGUCCACCUGGGAUACCGAGACUGAUCCGCGGAAUGGCCUGGGCAUUUGGCGUUUUGCCGAUGCUUUUCUGCCUGGCGGCGAAGCUUUGCUUCCUGCUGCGGACCAGGCGUUGUGGGAAGUGCGGCGAAGUGCUGACGAACAUUUGUUCAUUCUCUUGGUCAUGAUCGCUUUGUUUGUGGGAUGCUCGUUUUUCGAAAGCUGGUGCUGGGGCCCUCACUUCGACUUUGUGGAGAAAAAUUCAAAUGCUUGGUACGACUUGUUUCCGGGAACUUGCGCCUUCUUUGUUAUCAUGCUCUCACUCACGGGAUUGACUUUUCUGUGCGUCGGUCCGAUCAAUUUGGCCGCCCAUGUCCAGCAGAGAUUCUGUGGCGAACUCCAAGCCUCCGUGAGCCCAGAAGCCGCACCUGAACCAGCUGGUGAAUGGGAGCGUUUCCUGCAUUGCUCCCCGAAGACUGGGGACGACGUGUGCAUCGCACGAAUUCUUCUUUUCUUCAAGGACAAUCAUUUCCGGAACGAGUCCCUGCAAGGCCGAGAGGGCCUCACGCUGCGCGCGGAGCAGCGGCAGCAGAUCAGGACGGUGCCAAUCCGAUGGAAGCGAGCCCACUUGAUCUUCGUGAGCAUCUUCCUGAUCUUCCCUUUGAUUCUACUGUGGGAGUUCACGUACUGCGACUUCUUCGGAGAGAACGCGCUGUACUUCAUCAUCGGCUUCAGCUUCGCCAUGAACUUCGUGGACAACUCUUUGUCUAGGGCCGUACGGGAGGAGCUGAUCCAGGUACCGCUGUCGACUGCUUGCAGCGUUGUGCUGUUUAUCG